AUGUCCGCCAGACCACUACGCCGUCCUGGAACUCUCCACACAAUCUACCUCCGAGGAAAUCAUUGUGUCUUACAGAAGACUUGCGCGACUCCACCAUCUGGACAAAAACCGGGAGCACAAUUCAACCGCAAAGCCUAUGAGAUCCUGAGCGGCCCGGUCAGGAAACGGAACUAUGACUUGCAAUCUGCUGGUCGACGGGGAGGUGGACUGUGGCAUGAGACGGAUUCCAGAAACAAUCAUUACCAUGCCCAGCAUCACCAACGUCACUACGCGGAUCCCUUAGACGAAGAAGACGAAGAAGAUGAACUGGCACGUAUUCUAUACGAAGAGUUCAUGCGCAGAGAGAUCGAGAGGAGGACGAAGGCAGCGCAUGAACUCCGGGAUACUAUCCAGAGGCGUCUGCAUCGAUCCCAUCUAUGGGCUCUACUUUGGAAGUCGACCUUCUGGCUGGUAUCUGUACGUCUCGCAUACCACAUGGUCAUGUUCGCCCAAUAUAUGGUCUCUGGGCCCUUCUUUAUCUGGGGGUUACGGGCUGUCCAGGUUGGUGUAUUCUACCAAGCCGCGUUACUCAUGAGUGAGCGCGGGCUUUCCUGGAAAUCGGCUGUAAUUCUGGGAUACACCAUGGGUGCUUAUUUUCUUUUCAUCCGCGUUCGAGAUCGCUCACCCUCUGCAUUUAUCCGCUUUUUCAUGCAGUGGACGUACAUUGCCGUCACAAGCUCUGUGGGAGGUUUCGGAUAUGCUUGGCUCGUCUACGACCCGGUUACAAGUAAAACCGAGAAUCAAAAGUUCCAUGGGAUUCCGUCCGAGGAGGUAUUUAAAAGGCCCGAAGGCAUUUCGAACAGAUGCGGCAAGAAUAUGCGAAUAACGGCACUCGAAGCCAGGGAACGGACCAGGGCACGAGGCGGGCUAGACGGAGCACGAAGAAGCAGACUAGGAAGCAGAGCGGUAGAUCCAAACGGAGAUACUACGUAG